AUGGACGUAUGAUUGCGUCACGCGCAGGGUCAGAGAAAAGAAGCAUGGCCGCUGUGCUGAGAGGGUCUCGGUACUUAGUUGGAAGGUGUAGCAGAAAUGUUGACUUUGCAUUUGUCUCCACAAGGUCUAUGGCCUCAAAGACACAGGUGGGGUUUGUUGGUCUGGGCAAUAUGGGAAACCCAAUGGCAAAGAACUUGCUGAAGCAUGGUUACCCAGUCAUUGCUACUGAUGUGUUCCCGGAGUCCUGCAAGGAGCUGCAAGAGCUGGGGGCACAGAUUGUGGAUAACCCUGCUGAGGUAGCAGACAAGGCCGACCGCAUUAUUACCAUGCUCCCCUCUAGUCCCAAUGUAAUAGAUGUGUACACUGGACCCAAUGGCAUUCUCAAAAAGGUGAAGAAAGGCUCUUUGCUCAUUGACUCCAGCACCAUCGACCCAGGUGUUUCUAAAGAGAUGGCUUCUGCUGCAGAGAAGAUGGGGGCAGUUUUUAUGGAUGCACCUGUAUCAGGAGGUGUGGGUGCUGCCAGUUCUGGUAAACUGACUUUUAUGGUCGGAGGAGCAGAAGAAGAAUUUACUGCAGCCAAGGAACUUCUGAGCUGCAUGGGAGCCAAUGUGGUGUACUGUGGUCAGGUUGGAACUGGACAGGCAGCCAAAAUCUGCAACAACAUGCUUCUGGCGAUUGGAAUGAUCGGAACCGCAGAGACGAUGAACAUGGGAAUCAGACUUGGUCUGGAUCCAAAACUGUUGGCAAAGAUCCUGAACAUGAGUUCAGGUCGGUGCUGGGCCAGCGACACCUACAACCCAGUGCCUGGAGUCAUGGAGGGUGUUCCCUCUGGAAAUAACUACCAGGGAGGCUUCGGCUCUCAACUCAUGGCCAAGGACCUGGGCCUUGCACAAAACACAGCCGCAAACACAAAGACUCCAAUCCCUCUUGGCUCUUUAGCCCAUCAGAUCUACCGUAUGAUGUGCGCACGCGGGUACGGUGCUAAAGAUUUCUCCUCCGUGUUUCAAUUCCUGCGUGAGGAGGAGGGCCAGUAAUAUCAGCCUCCACCCCGUCCACAGCUGUGCCAGGUCUGGCCCUGCACCGGACUAACAUAGAGUAGUUGGGGUGCACUUCACCCUGGGGACAGUGUUCCUUUACUUAGGGUUGUAAAAGACAUGAGGCCUACAGAGCUCCUUCACAGCUUGAAAAAUCAUGUGUGCACUUCUCUCUUAUAGGAAAUCAUAUUUCCUGUGUGAUUUAAAAAAAAAAACUACACUCCUUUCAACUUUAGAAGUAAAAUAAUUAUAAGACAUAAAGAGAAUCUCAAAGAUUUUCUAACAGUGACUGAUCUAAACAGCAUGGUGGGAAUCUGGUGUUAAGAAGGCAUUUCAUUCUCUCUGCUUGUCAAGGUUCAUACAAUGCAAAAUGUGGUUUAGUUUCCACAUAUUUAUCUUUGAUUUUUGAUCUUUUCUCAUGUUUUUCUGUUCUUGGGGUUUUUUUUUCUUGACAUGGAAAUGUUACUUUGGGAUAUGAGUGUUAUAUCCUGUUUGGAAAUAAAGAUAGACUGUGAUGUCUUA